AUGGCAGGAAUGUCACCAUCAGAGAGAAGAUUACAGAAAGAGCUCAUGUCUCUAAUAAAAGAUCCACCACCAGGUGUUUCUGUCGAUGCUGGUAUCGCCGAACAAAACCUACUGCAUUGGAUCAUAAACAUGGAAGGAGCCGCAGGAACUCUCUACGAAGGAGAACGAUUUCAACUACAAUUCAAGUUUAGUAAUAAAUACCCGUUCGAUUCCCCCGAGGUAACAUUUGUAGGACCCAACAUUCCAACACACCCUCAUGUAUAUAGUAACGGCCACAUUUGUUUAUCCAUUUUAACAGACGAUUGGUCCCCGGCCUUAUCAGUUCAAUCCGUUUGUCUUUCGAUAGUUUCUAUGUUAAGUAGUUGUAAAGAAAAACAACGACCUCCGGAUAAUGCUUUUUACGUGAAAACUUGCAAUAAGAAUCCCAAGAAAACCAAAUGGUGGUAUCACGACGAUUCUGUAUAA